CCUUCAUUGCUUCACCCACAGUGGACUGUUCAUUAGCGGAUUAAACGAAGACGACGACAGAAAGCUUUUUGCUGACUUGCAAAUUUCCAAUUCGUCUUCUUUCUCCAAUCCCGAUACUAAUAUCGGGAUUCUACUUGCCGUUCCGUGUGAUUUUCAUCUUCUUCGCUACUAGAAUUUGUUUCUCUCGGAACCCUAAAUUUCCUCUGGAGCAAAGAUUUCAGAAAAAUUUCACAAUUUCAAAUGCUUGUUUGUUAUUUCUCCUUGGUUCAACGAUGAUCUUAGACGAGAAGAAUCGAAAAAACCUCGUAUUCCUUAUCUUACAGUUCUUUGAUGAAGAGGGCUACCAAGAAAGCUUACACUUAGUGGAGCAGGAUUCAGGUGUUUACUUUGAUUUUAGCUACUUCUCUAAUGCGAUACUCAAUGGUAACUGGAAAGACGCUGAGGACUAUCUUUCAGCAUUCACUAGUCCAGAUGCUAAUACCUUUUCAAGGAAGAUGUUCUUUGACUUGUUCAAGUGGAAAUUUUCUGAAGCAACUGAUAGAGGUGGUGGCUCUGAAUCUGUGAACACAUUCUCCAAGGAUUUGCGACGGAUUCCUGUUUUAAAAGAUGAUAGCUUUGACGAUUUGGUUGAGAUCUCAUAGAGUUUUUGGUGGUGGCUUUGUCUAUAGUUUUCCUGAGCAAACUUGUUGCGUGGACAAAGCACCGGGGAGAG